AGCGGUACAUUUUCUCCCCUUUGGCUUUCCGUAGUCAUGUGGUUUUGAAGGCGGGGCUUUUUGUUGUUGUCGUUUCUCGUCGAAACUCUUCAGCAAAAAAAAAACAAUGGCUAACAACUUUCAAAACGUAACUCUUUCUCUAACUUUACCCAUAUCAUGCCAGAUCUGCCUUGGAAAGGUCCGCCACCCCGUUAUCUGUGCCAAUAACCACGUGUUCUGUUCUGGCUGCAUGGACAUUUGGUUGAAGAAGGCUAGUCAAUGUCCUUCAUGCCGAGUUCCCAUCACCUCAGAGAACCCGUGCAGAGAAAUUAUAGGGGGGACAAAUGAGAGCGAGUCCAACGAGAGCUAUUCUGUGAAGAAACACCUCCGAAAGACCAGGGGAGAGCUUUUGUUGAGGGAAUAUGAAGAUGAAGUGGAAGGUCUCCUCAAAGAGAAUGAAGAGCUGAGGAACAAGAACCAGGUCCUGGAGUCCCAGCUGAAGACGGUACUAGAUCCCUGUACUGUAACAGCCAGCCGGAGAGAAGACCGGGGUCUAGACCCCGGUGUUGUGGAAGAGUGGAGCAACAAGCUGAGAGCGGCUACAGAUGGCUACAGGCGGAUCAAACUGGAUGUGGAGAAACUAAAAGAGGCUAACAAGAUGUUGCGUCGUCAGACUAUUGACCUGGUCCAGGAGAACGUGAGGUUGAAAGCGGAGGUUGCCAGUAGAUCUCCUCAGAAGUUUGGCCGGUACACGGUAGCAGCGUUGGAAGCUAAGAUCCAUCAGUACGAAAGAGAUUUGGACCACCUGAAGAAAGCUCUGGAACGAGCGACCAGUACAUAG